GCUCAAAUAAGCCCAUUAGUGAUCAGGUCUACGACAGAACGAACCGUUCUCUCAGCCGUCUUCUCUCAGAAACGCGCCGUUGUUUGUGUCCACAGUGCGGCGGCGUCCGCAAGACUGCACGCCUGGUACCGCUUACACUUAGCGACUCGUGCUGCACCUCGUGGUCCUCAUAAAUCCACUACAAAUCUGGUGGUUUUAUGGCCUUUCUUUUUAACUAGCGGUUUAGAACUUGUUGGGCUUGGUUUUCCUCUGGGUUUCUUCGAAAAUGAACUUGUGGCUUGUUGGAUUGCUGAGAGCAGCUUGGAUUGCUGGGACUUUGCCUAUAUUGAUAGCUUCCGUGCCGUCUUCUAGGCUGUGUUGGUUUCGUGAUACUCUUUUGGGCUUCGCUAAGCGUGGGAAGACAUUGCAGUCUUCGUCGAAGAGAUUUACCGUUCCUCAAAGGUUCUUUCGCCAUUUUUAUUGGGUGGCUGUUGUGUGGACAACACUCCUGCUUGGUUCAACUUGGAUGUAUGCCAAUUACACAGCUCAGUUGGUUUCAGAGGUUUCAGAGCCAUUGCUUUACUCCAAUAUUGCCAGCUACUUGACUGGAGGCUCACAUAUAUCAUCUUGGUCCAAAUCACAUUCAACAUCAAUAAAACAAAGACUUAUGAUCUGGAGAUCUGUUUUUCUUCUUUUGUUGAUGGAAGUUCAAGUUUUGAGACGACUGGUUGAGACAAUAUAUGUGUUCAACUAUAGCCCCUCUGCUCGGAUGCAUAUCUUGGGUUAUCUAACUGGCCUGUUUUUCUACACAGCAGCACCACUGUCACUUAGUUGCAAUUGCAUACCAGAGGUUUAUGAAUUUCUAGUGAGUGGAGUGGCUGAAUUUAUUGUCAGAGGCAAAAAUCAGAUGCCAGCCAUUGAAAUUCAUUUGUGGGAAUUUGUGAAUCCUCUUAUGAAGCUUGGGUGGUGCCAGUGGAUUGGUGCAGCUAUAUUUUGUUGGGGAUGGAUUCAUCAGCAGCGUUGUCAUUCAAUUCUUGUUAGUUUCACUAUUUCAGAGGGCUCGCUACGCGACCAUACAGAACAAGUUGAUGAAUAUGUAAUCCCCCAUGGUGAUUGGUUCGAAAUUGUUUCAUCUCCGCACUAUCUGGCUGAGAUUGUCAUCUAUGCUGGUGUUGUGGUUGCCAGUGGAGGAGCAGAUCUCACCAUAUGGUUACUUUUUGCAUUUGCGGUGGCGAAUUUGGUGUUUGCAGCCGCAGAAACACAUAGGUGGUACCUUCGUAAAUUUGACAAUUACCCAAGCAACCGGCUUGCUGUUAUUCCAUUUCUUUACUGAGCCUAUGAAGAAAAAAAAUUAGGGGAAAGUUGGCUUUGGGUCUGUACACAAUCAAAUGAGUAUUUUUAGUAUUUUUGUGGUGAUAGAUAACAAGGAGAAGUCUGGUUAAAUAAACUUGUGGAUUGGUGCGACGCUAAAUAGAAAUAAGUUAGAAUCUUGAGCA